UCCUAGCCAAGCUUUGCCCCACCCAUUGCCGUUCUGAGCCUAACAUUGCUUCAGAGAAUGACUCAAGGCGGCUGCGUGGAAAUGAAAAGAAGAAGAGAAACACGCUGACAGAAGUCUUGGAUGGGGCUGCUGAAUCUCCUGGACUUGUUUCUUGGGGCCUUCCGCCCAGAGCCCUCAGCUUCCAUUUUUGACUCUAGUUGACCACUUCUGGGAUGAGGAGGAAGUGAGCAAUUGGCUAUUUGUUUUUGUUUUUUCCAGAAAUGUAGAGGAGGAGAUGCAAAUGCUGAGGUUUGGAUCUCUCGCUAUAGGACAGCAGUUGUGGAGUGAAACUUCGAGUCACCAUGGCUCCUGGCAAAACUCAAGCAGGAACGGACGAAAAAGAAGAGCUGACUUUCUCAGUCUCGUACUGUCGGAGUCAAGCAGAGGAACACUCAGUGCACUGGAGGGAAGAGCUUCUCAAUGGCCAAGUCCUCAUGGUCCUGUCUGCUCGCAAGGCCUGCUCUCCUGCUCGUUUUGAUACGAAUCUUUGUGCAGCAAGACUGAAGAGCUUGGGAAUUCAGAUGACAACUGACCAGUGGAGAAAUUUAAUUCAGUCUGCGGUCCUGGAGCCAGAAGUGAGAAAGUACAUGUUCUACAACUCCAGAGUUGUUGGGAUAGCCAUUGCUGUGGUUUUCUAUAUGACUGUCUGGAUAAAUCUUUAUUCUACUCUGCAAAUAUAUUCCAUAGGACAAAGCUGGAAAAUCAGUAUCUUGGUAACCUUAGGGGCCCUUGUUGGUGCCUUGGCCAUUAGACUCAUCAUUCACCAGCAGCAGGGAAAGAUGAAUAUGAACACAGACAUGAGAUUGAUGGCUGCCAAUGAAGUUUUCAUGAAACAUGAAUUGCUGGUGGGAGUCACUGACCAACUGGACCAGCUGCAUAGCAUCCCACAGCUGUGGUUUGUUCAUUUCAAUGUGGAACCAUGCCUUCAAUCUUUAGAAGAGUCAAUUGAAGCCAUGAAGAGGAACCAAGAGUCUGCUCUGAGGCACAACCUGGAUGAGCUCUGCCUUGUCACUGAGACCGCCAUCUUGCCAGCACAGGAGGAAAAAGCUGACAGCUCUUUGGAGGAGACACCAUUGCUGCCUGACACCAGGAACAAACGCAGGAGCGCCCUGACAUGCCGAGAGCUCCUCCAGCUUAUUCCAGAUGGUGCCCCCAAAGUCAUGGCCCAGCAGCUGUUGAUGAUCUACAGUGGCUAUUACAUCAGGCUCUUGGUUAGCAGCCAGCUGCCAGAGGCCCCCGUGAGACGUCAUGUCAUGUUCACCCACAUCCCCUGCCUGUGCCAAUUUAUUGAGUUCGCAGUGCUGAGGAAGAGAUGCUUUUCAUUCAAGCUGAGGUGAGACAUGCAAGGAGCCUACAGCCAGCACAACUUGAAUUCAUUCUCUCCGAGUGUAGCGUCAAUGGACAGAGCAAGGAGAGAGACUACGCCUGUGAGGAUGAGCACCGAUUGUUCUCCAUAAGGCAGAGGUAUAAAGCAGACAUUUUUUAGAGACACCCCUAUCUCAAUGUGAAGAAUUCACUUUAAUACUAAGCUAAGUCAAGAGUCUGCCAUCCUCCAUACUCUCUGCCCAGUGCCCAGUGGCAACUCUCCAAGGUUUUCCAAACUUUGAGAUCUUCGACAUCUACAUGCUGGGAUCCUGUUAAACCUUUUCUAUAGAUUUUUUUGGGGGGUGGGAAGAGGGUGUUUACAAUUUUCACUGAUUUCCCCCUCUGCUGCAGACCUCCCACUUUUUCCCAUUCUUAGUGUUCUUCCGUGUUCUAGAAGUAGCAUUUCAGGGGCUGUCUAGCCUGCUACAUGGGUGAGCGUGUUUGUGUGUGAAAAAGUCACACGCUGCUGAUGGAAAUCCUUCCGUCGGUGACUUUUGGCAGCAUCCAAUAAUAUGUCUUUCACAAAAGCACCUUUUUGAGCCCCAUCCAAAGGCAGGAGGGAAAGGGCUUGAGGGAGUGUCGUGGCCUUGCAGCAGCAUGUUUCUCCUCCCUGCGGCACCUGCCUGGCGGAGGAGGCAAAUGCAGCAGGGGCUGCUCGCCCUCAGCCCCACCACAGCAAACCCUGGAAAACUGGGCUGCGGUGGGGCUGUGUUGGCAUCUUGAACUGAUGCCAGCAUGUGUGGGGGUGUGCGGACUGGGGCAUUGCUGAGGGCAAAGCCAACAUUAGUUGGCAUCUUCCCAGGGUUUCAGGCUGGGAAUGCAGCGCUAUGGGGUUUCCAGUGUCAUGGGGUGGGGGUGUUAGAGCUUUUUUUUUUUUUUGCUCUCUCCAGAAAGCCCUCUUGGAGUUGGUGGGGCGGCACCAUAUUGGUGCCAUAUCCCACAAGUUUCUGGCUUUGGAUGGGGCUGCCUGUCUAGCAACUUGGAAUGCAACAAAUUCCUUAAAAUCAGCCUGUAUAAUUGUAAAGUUCAAUGUAUGGAACUCCGGGAAUGUUAUUUGGACCAGUGAGGACCUGCAAAGGGAAGAGAUGGGUUAGGGCUACAGGGUUUGGGAAAGGUGUGGAGUGCUCUCCUCACUCCUGCCUGCUUUAAGUUUCCUGGAAAUUGUGAUAAUGCUAGGAAAAGUUGAAGGCAGGAAAUGACACGAGAGGAAUCAAGAAAGCCUCAGUUUGCAAGUCCUGUGCAAGGCUGUUAAUGAUAAGACACAGUAUAGGUAUCUUUCUUCAAUUAACGGGGCUUAAAUAAGCUGGUGGGAGUACAAUUUUAAUGUAGGAAAUUGUGCAAGGGGAUGUGUUAACCCCUUGUUCUCCAGUACCUUGGCCCUGAGCCACAUCACGCCACCCUAUGACUGCUUUUUGGAACCAGAUAACACAUCUAGAAUUCUAGUUGUUGAACUUUUGCCUUCCUGGAUAGUUCAGCUCAGUUUCAUUCAUUGGAACAUGUGAUUGGGGUUCAGGCUGUGUUAACUUCUGAAAAGGGAAGCUUGAAACUUCAACCCUUUGUGCUUGGUGGAUAUCAGGUUGGACUGUGGGAUUUGGAACCAUUUCUCCUUGACCCUCUUGCCUUCCAAGCCUGUAAAUAAACAGAUGUUUAUGGGAUGAUGAUA